UGCGCGCGAGCAAACCUACUAACUUCAGUGUCGCUCGGACCGCGGCCACGUAUUGUGGGCUGUGUUAAUAGUCCACUUUAUACAUACCUAUAUAACUCGCUCUGUCGUCCAGUGUGUUACGUGUGUUUAUAUUACUGCUCCGUUUUAUUUUUUGUUAUACUUUUUUUUUUUUUUUUUUUUUUUUUUUUCUAUUAUUGUAAUCAGUCGCUUUACUUGGUUGACCCGGUUCCGACGCAUUCACUGGGUUUGUUUGUUUUUACUGCUCGUUUCGAGUCAAUUGUACCUCUGAUAAGAUAUCAUGACACGACAUGGGAUGAAUAUUAUCUAAACGAGCUCUGAAAAAAUUUUGUGACCCUUUUUUUUAUUCUUUUAUUCGAGUUGUAGUUUUUUAGUUGUGAUAACAGAUUUGUGCUCAAGUUUGUGAUAUGACGAUUAUUAACGACUUAGAUUAUCAAAAACAAGUAAAAAAAUUAAAGCUAUUUAAUUUUUGAGGUGGAAUUAGAGAGUGUGUGUGUUGGUGAUCGUUUUCAAAUUGUAAAAUGAGCCGCGCCUCUCAGGCCGGCUUGGAGGUGGAGAGAUACAUUGGAAGUUGUUUAAUAUCCUCGACACUAAGACCCACUUUGCAAAAAACUAUUGUCAACAAUAAUAACAACAACAACAAUAAUAAUAACAACAAUAUUAUUUGUAAUAACAAUAACAAUAGUUGUAAUAAUAAAAAAGAAAGUCUGGUCGUGAGCUUACGUAAUUCACACUAUCAGCAAAACAACUAUUCACCUGGUAAUAAUGAGCAGUGUCAGUAUGGUACUUGGACAGGUGCCCCUUUAAUCUCCAUGACGUCUAGUCCCAGGAGAAGUAAUCAGCGAUCGUCUCCGUCACCUUGUCAACAACUGUCUCAGCAGCAGCAGCAGCAGCAGCAGCAGCAGCAACAACAUUCACCGAUUGAGUCACAGCCGCAACAGCAACAUCAAAGCCACCAGCAAGUUCCCGCACACCUGCAGAACCGAAGUCCCCUGUCGCGCCUUGCCAUUCAUACGCAAGGUGCACCCCUCAUUCUCGCCGGACGCUUUCACAAUCGUGGAAAGGCGCAGAAUUCCAACAAUGUGAUUGCCACUCCUAAUGUCAACAAUUUCUGCAACGUUAAUAACAAUAAUAACAAUAAUAAUAGUAAUACAAUGUCAAUUGGAAGGUGUCCGCCUGUUCGUAGUCAGAAAAAUAUCGUUGAAAUUCCGAGAAAGUCACAAUCUCAGUAUCAGCACAUGCCGCACCAACAGCAGCAGCAGCAACAACAACAGCAACAACAACAACAACAACAACUACAACAACAACAACAAAUCCAACACCAAACACAACAGCAAACGAUAAAUCAUAAGAAUGAUUGUCACGGAAAGUUGGACAAUAGCUCGGGGGCAAGUAUCGCCAAUAUCGAUUCGCUGAGCAUCGCCAGUGAUGAAAGUUCAAAUAACUGUGAGAAUAGUUUACCCAGGAUCAUAAAGCCCCGCAAGCGUAGGAAGAAGGACCGUAAGCCCGCCAAUGUCGUUACUACGGAGAACUCUAAGCCGGAGGAUAUCCCGGUCUCGAUGAAUCCUGGACUAAUGGCCACGGGGAUGACCGGAGAUCAAUCUAAUUUGGUUACACUGAAACCUUAUGUGCCGGUUUGCUACGAUGGGAUGAGAUAUGAAGUCCCACCGCAGCAGGGUACGGUGCAACAUCGGGCUCACAGGAGGCCACCAAUGAGCAGGGAAAGUUACUCAGGUAGAACCCAGACACCUAUACAGCAGGAGAUUGUCGACACGAGGCAGAGCAGUAGGUAUGCGCAUCGACACGCGCAGGUGAAAGUGCUCGACGACAACCGGAAUGUUGUGGUGCCUGUGCUCGUUCGCACGACAGCUCUUGCCAAGGGAUAUCGUAAUCACCAUCACCAUCCGCCCGCCAACAACAAUAACAAUAAUAAUAGUAAUAAUAACAAUAACAAUAAUAAUAAUAAUAAUAAUAAUAAUAAUAAUAAUAACAACAACAAUAACAAUAAUAAUAAUAUUAAUAAUAAUAAUUGUAACAAUGCCCUCAAUAAUCGGCUAGUACAUGGUAAUACUGGCAAUGGGCCUCGUUAUAUUCAUGGGUAUGACAGCUGUGAGAAAUCAAGACUUGUUGAUGACCCAGGCUCCUGUCAGUGUCGCUACUGUAAUCCCUCUGGUCUCAUAUGGGACGUUGAUCAGAACGGGUAUUCGCCCUUCUUGACACCCCCGACCAGCACAGCUACCAGCACUGGGAACAACAAUGAAUUUGUCCAAUUUCCCCAGAUACCACUAUUCUUGUCACGAUCAAAUAUUGGUGGGGGUGGAGGAAACUGUCAUCAGGAACCGUCCGAAUUCUUCGACGUGGAAGACUCCCUGAGGAGCCACCAUCAUCAUCACCACCAUCACCAUCACCAUCCAAUUCCAGUUGGCCCGACUCGUCACGAACGACUUGAACCUACUGGUGGUGCACUACUCAGACGAAGCUGGAGCGACCCAUCAAGCUACUUCAGUGAGCAAAUCUGUACACCCAGUCGUGAUGUCGGAGUAAUUGGUGAUCGAGGGCAGACUGCUGAGGCAGUUGGAAGAGGUAGGAGUUCUUGGCCCGGAAGUCCGUCCUACGUGUCAUUGGGAACAAAUGCCUCGGGACUUGGUGGUAGUCUCAGUGGUAAUCCAGUUACUGGACAGAGCCUUGAGGUGUCUACUGAAAUAGUGACAUCUCACAACGGGCAUCGUGAUCUUGAAAUUAAAUUCUUUUCAUCGUCGCCCAGUUCUAUCCAGCCGGAAGAAGAAAAAUCACCCUUUCCAGAGGACAACGAGGAUUUGAGUGAUAUUUGGAGUUAUCACGAGUUUAAGCUGCAGCAAGAUUUUCGUACUUUACUACAAGCAGAAGAGUGAAUAACGCCCUAAUUUUAAAAUAAGUCAAAGACAUUGAUUUUAAACGAUAAUAUAUAAUAAUAAGAAAAAAAAAACUUCAACACGAAUUGUGUAUGUGUGUGAGAUUGUGUAUGAGAGAUUUAACGAGCGAAUGAGAGUAUAGAGUGUGUGAUGAAAGCGAGAUCGUUAUUGGAAUGAAAUUGGAAAGCCGUCGGAGCGUGGAACAAGUAGAAAAGCCGAGGUUGACUGGCAACGAGAGCGAACAAAAACAGGUGGACUCUCUUACACACAUAUCCAAACAUACAUUACAUACAUGCAUACAUGCAUACAAUCAACCUACCCACUCUGAUGUCUAUGCAUAUAUGUUGCGUGCGUGCGUGCGUGCAUGCGUGCAAAAGCCGACUGCUGGCAGCAUAUUACUCAUGACAGCAGCGGUAACACCAGCAAACCUAAACCGUUAAACCUCUGCUCGUACUAUAUAACGAACAUACAAAUAUAUAAAUGUACGUACGGACGAACGAACGAACAAACGAAUGAACAAACUAGUGUAGAGCGUAGUCGCAGUCUACCAACAGACAAGCACAGUACAGUAGUAAGCAACAACAACAACAACAACAACAACAACUUGAGUUUGUAACGCGGUAGUUCAUCUAGGUCUACACGACGGGACUUGUCUCUCUAGCUCGUAGCUCGUCUGUCUGUCUGUCUGCCUGUCCGACUGUCUAUCCACCGUCAGACAUUCUAUGUACAUGAUAUAGUCUACGCACGGGUGACAACCACCGAUGAAUAAACCACGAAACAAGACGAUCAUUUCUAACGGUUUACGUGGUAGUAAAUGUUAAACCAAUGUUAAAUUGAUGACGAGCGAAAUCACGACUGUAAUUGAUCCCUUCCUUGUGACCACCGAUUCUUCAUACUAUUUUUUCCAUACAUUUUAAUUUACCAUCAUGUCCGUGAAUUAAUGAAAUGUUGGCGUGAUCGAUAAGAUAAUAUUAUGUCCUACGUCACGUCGGUUGCGUGUGCAAAUUGAUCAAGGUGAGGAAGCGUCAGUUGCCGCCGCCUUGCCUCUCGUUUCUUCGUCAUCGUUAUUGUCAACGCAACUCAGUCAGCUCCUUCACCAUUCCCCAUCUAUCAUCAGCCUGGUACAUACUAAGAUGCCGAGUAUCGGUAGCACUAAAGCGGCAUUUACUUGUCUCCUCUUGCAACACAUACAUGCACACAUAAACACACAUACUUGGGAUGUUGAAGCUAAAACCGGCGUUUAAUUAACGCAUCGGACAUGUUGUUCGCGUGAUCGUCGUUAGUGUAACGUAGCAAUUAAUCGGCUACCAAGUCGUAGCUCUGGGCCUAUGGCGAGUCUUAAGCCUUAUAGGAAACGCAAAUGGGUAUACCUACCUGGGUACAAGAAAAGACAAGUAUUACCACGUCCUAUGUGAUGAUAUGAGUUUAACAUCAGAAUAAUGACGCGCUGUCUGUAUUGAUAAUCUACAGUUUAAAAGAUGUAACAUCGUGGAGCUUUGGUUAUUCCAUUCCUUUAGAAUAUUUCUCGGUAGCUAAUUCAUUUCCGCUUGGGGCUUAUACAUCGCGCUACACCGCGUUACACUUUCUUUUCAUGGACAAAAUUGAUUAUUCAUUAGCAGAGCCAAAGAUAAGAAAAAAAUGGUUAAAAAUAAAUAAAUAAUAAUUAUUAACGAUUUACAUUGACGCAGAUGUCAACCAAAGGGGCCGAUGACCUUUAUCGUAUUAUGUUAAAUAAUGGCACCGGCAUAACGUGGGUCGCUAAACUGUUAUAAUUCGCCCACGAAUAUAUAUUUUUUUUUAAAUUUCCAUUCAUACGAACGCAUAUGCUAGUAAAACCUUUUAUUUAAUAUUAAUCUGUUUGUUUACUUUAUUGAAUUUAGUAACAAAAUAAAAUUUGUUUCCUUGGGAUCUUCGAUCUUUCCUUUCUCAAGGACAAUAAUCCAAUUGCCGUUGGUAUAACGAACUUAAUUUAUAGUCGUAUCGAGAAAUAGUUUCCACGCGAAUGGAUUUGUCGUAAACGAACGUAACCAAGUACAUCGAGACAGAGAUCUUGUCUGUCAAUUCGUUCAGUUGCAACGCUUGCGUGUCUCCAGGGUAUCCAUUAUCCUUUCUGUAUUCUUGCUGUACUAUAUAUACAUACAUACAUAUAUACAACUGUCGAUCGAUUCGAUCAGUAGAUCCGUCGAUUGGCAGUAGUAAUCGAACGCAAUCUUCGAUAAAGUUGCUCACGGUCGCACCUACUCCCAGCUUAAUCUAAUUACAGUCGAGUAUUCGCGGCUUAUACUUUUCAAAAACGUUGUGAAAUAAAACACCCUCAUCAUAAAAUAUUUUUCGACAUUAUUUCCAUUAUCCAGCUCGCGAUACACACCAGUAAAGUCUGAUGAAAUCGAUUCCCACCGAGUUCUCGCUCCUUUUCUAACUCUUCGCUCUGUAUUAUAUAACAUAUAUAAACAUGAAAACAUAUUAUUAUUAUAAUUAUUAUUAUUAUUAUUAUUAUUAUUAUAAAAUAUUUACCGUGUAGGUAUAUAAAGUAGUUUAAAUAAACGAUGUUAUUUGCUAGAUUAUUGAUGAGUACGAGUGUGAUUAUUAUUAUUAUUAUUAUUAUUAUUAUUAUUAUUAUUAUUAUUAUUAUUGAGAGUGCGUGUGGAUGAUAUUUGUACUUUAUAAACAGACUGUGUUAUAUAUAUGAAAUCUUGACCAAGCUCGACUCAUUAAUUCGCUGUGCGAUCGUCGUCGCUUUGUCGUAUAAAUAUAAAUAUUAUACAUAUAUAUGUAUGUUGUUAUAAAUGGGCAAAUGAAGAUGUUAAUUGUAUCACUGAGAAAAAAAAGAAUUAAAAACAUAAAUUAUUUAAAGUAUCAACUUGCAUGUGAUUUGAAAUUAAAUUUUUUUUUUUUACUAUCGCUUGUUUUACUUUUUUCAUUUUUUUCUCAGUGUUUAGAUUAAUUUUCACGUAAUUAAUACUGAUAACUAAAGAAUAAAUAAAUAAAAUAUAACAUUGUGUAAUUUAAAUUAGGAAUGUAUGUAAAUAUUGUAAUAGCAAUUAGCUUCGGCGUAUUAAUAUUUCCACUGAAUAUUAAAAUAAAUUAUUUAGCUCGUUAUUUUUUAUUUAUAAACAGAUUUCAUUGUCGCUUUUUAUUAAUUGGAGUAACGUUUUUGUUCAACUCAGUCACUGCUGAGAUGAAUAAAAAAUAAAAAAAUAAAAAAAAAAAAAAAGAAAAACAAAAGUAUAAUUAUAAUAAAUAUGAAAACAAGCGAUCACGCAGGAAAUCAGUGAAAGGCAAAAUUAAUCCUGAAAUCGUUAAUUUAAAAAAUUAUAAAAAUAUUUUUUUUCUCUCUUAAUUCCGAUAGGAGUGAACGGAAGGGGAACUUUAUUUUCGUUUAUUCGUUUUACUUUUUCGCUCACGGCAGAGCUACAACAACUCUCGAUGAUUAAUCACCUCGGCCCCCGUUGACGGCGGCCUUAGGCUAGAUUAUAUACUCUCCUUUUUAUCACUCGUACCAAAUAAUAAAACCCUCGGAUGAAUUUUUUUUACUGAAAAUUUCCAUACCUUUUUUUUCUCACGCGUCUCCAAGUCUCUCUUUUAUAACCAUCACUUUCGUAAUGACUUCAUGAGGCUUUUUAUUGUAAAAAAAAAAAAAAACAUUAAGCAACAGUAUAAACUAGACUUAAUAUCUGAUAUCAACGCCACUACAUGAGGUUCUUUAUAAAAAAAAGUUUAAAAAAUCUAACACUUUCAAUAAGUGAUUUUAAAUUACGGAAAUUAUUAAAAAAAAAAAAAAAAAAACUUCAGUCAUGAGAAAUAACUAAUGAUGAAAUUCUGAUGAAAGAAAAAUGAUUUUUUUAUAAAUAAACUCGUAAAUUAAAAUGACAUUGACGGAAUCCAAGGCGUUGUCGUUGGAUCUUCAAUGCUACUGUCAUCAUCGUCGUUAUUAUUAUUAUCAUUACCAUAAUAAUUAUUGUUUUAUUUGUAACAAUUGACCUCGAUUAUCGUUAAUGUCAUGUUAAAAAUAUAAAAUAGUGGCUUGUGUCGAUAAAACUCAUUAUCCCUUUGGAAAAAAAAAAAAAAAAUGUUAUUUCAUUGUCGUAUAUUUAUUAUGUCUGCGACGAGGCACUUUGCAAGUAUAAUUAUGAUUAAAUUAGUGAUAAACAAGGGCACUCGGAUUGAGAGAGACAGAAAAUAUUAAUAGGUAUUAUAAUAUAUUGUGGGAAAUAUUUAUAAAAUAUAAUUUUUUUGUUAAUUGUAAGCGUGUGUGUUGCCUUGACACUGAUUUUAUAAAUAAAAUAAAUAACCGAUUCAAAUAACGGUUGAUAAAAAUAAUAUUUAAGAUAUUGUGGAGGACCAUGAGCGAAUUCAGCGAUCACGGACUUCGAUCGUGGCCCAAUUUGUGUAAUUUAAAGUAAAAAUAUUAAUAAAAAUUCAUUUUUAAAAUCUAAAUUACGGUUUUUUUGGUACUCUUAUUAUUGUAAUUAUAACUAUAGUUGUUAUUAUUAUUAUUAAUAUGUGUGUAUGUUAGAGAGCGAGCAAGACUUGUCUUGGUGGAAUUAAAUCCUGAUUUUCAUCGAUGAC